ACCCUCCAUUUGGCUUUUCCACCACCUUCUUCUUGAUCCUUUAUACUAUAAUACAUAAACAAAGUUCUUUCCAGAUUCUUGCCUUGUAAUACUCUCUUCAGAUACACUUCUUUUCAAGAUGGAGAAGAAUGUGACAAACUCAGAUUUGAAAUCCUCUGUCAACGGUGGCGUUGUUGAUGUCUAUGGAGAAGAUUCAGCCACCGUUGAGCACAGCAUAACUCCAUGGUCUCUCUCUGUUUCUAGUGGUUAUUCAUUGCUGAGAGAUCCUCGCUACAACAAAGGACUUGCUUUCACUGAGAAAGAGAGAGACACACAUUACUUGCGUGGCCUUCUUCCUCCAGCUGUCGUUGAUCAAAAUCUUCAGGAGAAGAGGCUGAUCAACAACAUCAGACAGUAUCAACAUCCAUUACAAAAAUACAUGGCCCUGACAGAACUUCAGGAAAGAAACGAGAGACUGUUUUACAAGUUGUUGAUAGAUCAUGUUGAAGAGCUUCUACCUAUCGUUUAUACUCCCCAACUGUUGGUGAAGCUUGUCAGAAAUAUGGCAGUAUUUUCAGGCGACCUCAGGGUUUAUUCAUCAGCUUAAAAGAGAAAGGAAAGAUUCUGGAUGUGUUGAAGAACUGGCCUGAAAGGAACAUACAGGUUAUUGUUGUUACAGACGGCGAAAGGAUUUUGGGAUUAGGAGAUCUUGGAUGUCAGGGGAUGGGUAUACCUGUUGGUAAACUGGCGUUAUAUUCAGCACUUGGAGGUGUUCGUCCUUCUGCGUGUUUACCUGUAACCAUUGAUGUGGGAACAAACAAUGAGAAACUUUUGAAUGAUGAGUUCUACAUAGGACUCAAACAAUGAUCUUCUUUUCGGAAUGAAGGGUCGUGCAAAUCUUUUCGGAAUGAAGGGUCGUGCA